AUGGCUUCCAUACCAAUAUGCUCCCACGCACUUGCGGCCGCAUCGUCCGCCCCGAGGAGCAUCCUACACCUCUGGAGGGCCCUGUGCCUUGCGCCGGGCAGCGGACCCAGCUCGUCACCCAUUCUCGACUUCCUUCUUCCGCCGUCAGCCUCGAGUGCUUAUGCCAGCAGUCGUCGCCGAGGCUAUGCUACGACACCGAGCUCAGCCGAGUCACAGGCAAGAACAAGGCAGCACAGACUGGCGUCGAGUAGACGCCACUAUGCGAGCCGGCUAUCAAGACCAAGCGUAAACGUGUCGUCGUGGACCGCUUCAAGGAACCCAACAAACGUGCCGCAACCCAGGAGCUUUGCUACUACGGCCCCGCGAGGCACGACACAGACCCUGCUGAACCCGCAAAUGGACGACGAAGGCAAUGAGAUGCGUCUCGAGAUUACCUCCCGUGCCGCCAAGCGCCUCGCCAAGGUCAUGGAAAAGGACGGCAACAGCCGCCUGGCCCUGCGCAUCCAGGUCGAGAGCGGCGGCUGCCACGGCUUCCAGUACCUCAUGAGCCUUGUGACGCUGCCAGAGCAGCUGCCGACGACGUCCGGGCCAGAUACGGCCGUCGAGCCGGACGUGGGGGCCGAUGCGGGUGGCAGCGAGCCCGUCAUUCGAGACGACGACACCAUUUUCACCUAUGCCGGCGAAGACUCUGGAGCCAGCUCGGCCGACCCGCUGGCGGCGCCCAAGAUCAUUUUGGACACGCCGUCGCUCCAGCUGCUCAAAGGCAGCAAGGUCGACUUUACCAUGGAAUUGAUCGGCUCGCAGUUUAAGAUUGUGGACAACCCGCUGGCGACGAGCAGCUGCGGCUGUGGAACAAGCUUUGAUAUCAAGGCGUGA